AGGACAUGGGUUGCAGAAACGAUAGCAAGAGCGUGUCGUUGGAUUCACUUUGAAUGGAAUGCAGAAUGCGAAUCUUCACAACCGUGAAGGUGAAACGAUUCAGGAAGGAGGCUCACCGUUGAUGAUGUAAAACGGCUCCGGCCGUCGUAGUGCUCGGGCAGCAGUAGGGAUGGAGGAGUGUGGGUCCACCGGCCGCGCGCACCCCUGGAAAGCUGCCACCAUGAAGAGGAAGGCCUGGGCACUCAGCCGAGGCUCCUGGCAGGCGUCGGAGUCUCAGGACGGGCACCCCGAGGGGCAGGCGUCGGAGUCCCAGGACGGCCACACUGAGGGGCAGCCGUCUCCGCAGCCCGCUCCAGAUAAAGUGCCGGCCGCAGAGGAGCCAGGACGGAUACCUAACAAAAUUGCAAGUUGGCUCAAGGAAUGCAGGACUCCCCUGGGGGCCUCUCUGGAUGAACAGAGUAACACACCGACCAAGGGCACAGUAAAGCACGCAUGCAGCUUUGAGGAUGACCUAUCUCUGGGAGCGGAGGCCAACCACCUCCGGGCUGGCGGGACUCCAUCGGAGAUACAACGUUUGGGGAUGCUGGCCCAGGAGAAGCGGACCCAGUUCAAGCAGAAAGGGAGGAGCAUGAACUCCACGGGUUCGGGGAAGAGCAACACCACCGUGUCCAGUGUUUCAGAGCUGCUGGACCUUUAUGAGGAGGACCCAGAGGAGAUCCUCUACAACCUGGGCUUUGGCAGAGAGGAGCCGGACAUCGCCUCCAAGAUACCCUCCCGGUUCUUCAACUCCACCUCCCAUGCCAGAGGGAUCGACAUUAAGGUGUACCUGGGAGCCCAGCUGCAGCGUCUGGAGCUGGAGAACCCCAACUACGCCCUGACAAGUCGUUUCCGUCAGAUUGAGGUGCUCACCACCGUGGCCAACGCCUUCUCCUCGCUGUACUCCCAAGUCUCGGGCACUCCCGUGCAGAAGAUUGGAAGCUGCGACAUCGAGAACAAAGAGGCGGCGACGGUCAACAGGAACACCUCCGCCCUGAACGCUGCUAAAAUCCUGAAGAAGACCGUCACCAGGCGCAACCUGCACGCGGCGGUGGACGGACACCCAUCCGCCCGCCCGGAGGCGGAGGGGCCUGGCGAAAGCGACCACGAGCAGCCGGCGAAGACGAAGGACCACCCCUCGCUCGCCACCGUGGCCGAGGCUGAGGAGUCCCAGGGGGUGCCCAAUGGAGACCUGCCCAAUGGCAUCAAGGCGGAGGUGGAUGACGAGCAGGACUUCACCCCUGCCAAGGACUCCAGCCUUUCCGCUGACCCCGAUUCGGACCAGGGGAAAGACCAGGCGGUGACCUCCACCCCCGCCAAAGAGCCUCCCACCAACCGACUGCACACUUGUAUCACCCACCUCCUCUCACAGGCCAGGGACUCCUUUGAGAUGGAAGAGGUACAAAGCAACGAGGGGGAGGGACCUGCAGGGAUCAGCAGCUCUUUGAAACAUGGAAACGAGCUCUUGAUGAGGAUGGCAAGCCAACACUCGGACAGCAGUGGAUUUGCUGAAGACCCCUCCACAGACAGCUCUGCUAGCCAUCUGAAGGUACAAGAGAGCUCCGACAGCUGUGACAGCGAGACCACGGUGACGUCCAACGCCGGGGAACUGGGCACCCCCCUCGCCCUGGACCACCCCGCCUUCCAGAAGCUUCAGGGGGAAGAAGAUGGUUUAACAGCUAUUGGCUCAGACAGCCCUGUAUCCCUGGACCAACCCACCUUCCAGAAGCUUCCGGGGGAAGAGGAAGGCUUAGCAGCCAGUUGCACAGACAGCACUGUAGCCCUGGACCAACCUGCCUUCCAAAAGCUUCCGGGGGAAGAGGACGGUUUAACAGCCAUUGGCUCAGAAGGUGCUGUCGCCCUGGACCAACCUGCCUUUCAGAAGCUUCCGGGGGAAGAGGAGGGUUUGGCAGCCAUUGGCUCAGACAGCGCUGUAGCCCUGGACCAACCCACCUUCCAGAAGCUUCCGGGGGAAGAGGAGGGUUUAACAGUCAUUGGCUCAGAUGGCUCGCUUACCAUGGACGAGCCUGCCUUCCAUAAUCUAGAGGGGGAAGAGGAGGUUCAAACAGCCGGUGGUCAAGACAGCACUGGGGAGCUGAAUGCUGGCUUGCAGAGUGGGAAUCAGAGCAAUGGGGAGGAAGAGGUGGGAGUGGUUCAGGAAGAGGUUGUUAAGGAGGUAGUGGAGGACAAAGUGGUUGAGGAGAUUGUUGAAGAGGAGGUAGAGGAGGAGGCAGUCAUCUCUAAGUACCUCCCUCAUCAGCGCCCUCAAUCCACGGAGAGGGAGAUUCUCACGCACACGUCCAACGAGCUGAGCUCCUCCGAGGGACUCGGCUCUCCGGCAGAGCCUGAGGCUCCUUCCCAGAUCAGCAGCGUGGUAGAGCCUGAUUCUGAGGACACGCAAGACCACAUGACCCCUCCGGCGGCCCCUGCGUGUGAGGAGCAAGGCGCCCCAGUUUGGGCGAGGGUUCGGGAGUUACAACAGGGCCGGGACAGGUACCCACUGAGAAGGUCCAGCUCGCUGCCGAUCUCCCUGAUCAGCCCUUCACGGGUGGUGUCCUCCAUCAAAAUACAUUUCCGUCCGGGCAGCGCUCGGCACUGCACCCCACCUUCCUUCUCCUACCGCUACACCCCAGAUGAUGAAGGGGAGGACGGCACGGGGUCCAUUGCUGAACAGGAGGAGGAGGAGGAGGUGGAAGAGCAGGCGCCCUGUCGCUCCACCCUCAUCAUCAACACUGGCCGGGACGUUCCAGAAGAGCUCCAGACAGAGGACGUCCCCCCCAGCAGGAUGCCCCCCUACCCCCUGCACCUCCCAGCCCAUCUGACUCGCUCCUCCUGUUCCCUGCACAGCACGCCUCUGGACUGGUCUGAUCGCCCUGUGUGUGACCUGCCCCGUUCCUGGAGCACUUGCAGCAUGCCUGCCCUGCCUGCCCAAAGUGCCCCUUAUGGCUCGCCUCUCGGCCAACCCCGCAGCACCCCCUACAACUCAACAUUUGGCCACCCCCACACUGCCCCCUAUAGUUUGCCUCUGGGGCAACCCCACAGUGCCCCCUACAGCUUGCCUCUAGGGCAGCCCCACAGUGCCCCCGACAGUUUGCCUCUGGGACACCCGCACAAUGCCUCCUACAGCUCGCUUCUGGGACACCCACACAGUGCCCCCUACAGUUUGCCUCCGGGGCAGCCUCACAGUGCCCCCUACAGUUUGCCUCCGGGGCAGCCCCACAGUGCCCCCGACAGUUUGCCUCUGGGACACCCGCACAGUGCCCCCUACAGUUUGCUUCUGGGGCAGCCCCAUAGUGCCUCCUACAGCUCGCCUCUAGGGCACCCCCACAAUGCCUCCUACAGCUCACUUCCGGGGCAGCCCCACAGUGCCCCCUACAGCUCACUUCCAGGGCACCUCCGCAGUGCCCCCUACAGCGUGCCUCCAGGGCACCCCCGCAGUGCCAGCUACAGCUUUCCUCUGGGGCACCCCCAAAGUGCCUCCUACAGCUCGCCUCUGGGGCACUCCAACAGUGCCUCCUGCAGCUCAUUUUUCAACCAGCCCCACAGUGCCCUCUAUGGCCCACCUCUCGACCACCCCCACAGUGCCCCCUAUCAUUACGGCGUCCCGCAGAACGACCGUUGGAAUGGCCCUUUCAACCCCCUGUACAGCUCCCCGUGCCCGUCGAACUGCUGCCCCUCCUUCCCUGCCACCAACUCGCGCCUCUCCCAGCCCCCGUCCGGCGUGGAGAUGCAGCUGAAGCGAGUCCUGCAUGAUGUCAGGGGUGCAGUGCAGAACUUAGCCCAGGGUUCAUCUCUCCCAGGCGAGGACACGGUAACUGCACAGUUUAGCUCCCACAGAGCAGUGCAGCCCCUGUUUGAGGACACCAUUCAGGAGCUGCAGUUGAUCAAGAGGAACCUGAAUGUGUUCCGUACGCAGAUGAUGGACCUGGAGUUGGCCCUGCUGAGACAGCAGGACAUGGUCUACCAGCACUUGACAGAGGAGGACAGACAGGAGGCUGAGCACCUGCAGAGCCUGCGUACUGCAGUGAGGCAGGAAUUGCAUGAGUUGGAACUGCAGCUGGAGGAUCGAUUGCUCUUCCUGGAUGAGCAGUUUCGCGCCUCCCCCUACCGCCACCCUGUGGGACUUUCCAGAGGUCACAGCCUGGACAGCCGGUGCAGUUCGCCUUCCAUGAAUGUAACAGAGCCGGUAACGGAGCUCCUGAGGGAACAGCUGUCCCUGCAGGCCGAGCUGGGCUUGGAGGGCAAGGCCAGGUCUGCCCCGCUGCUGGCCUCAAGCUGCUCCUCUGGGUCAGCCAGCCCCGUCAGGCCCAGCCGGCCCCUGGGCCACCCUGAGGUGUACCGGACCUCCGUCUGCCUCACACCCGCCAUGCCGCCACGGCAACAGAUGCCAGGAGCCCCACAGAGUACGCACUCCAUGCCCACGCGCUCUCUGCCUGAGGACGGAGGAGGAGUAGGAGCAACGGCAGAGGGAGGUGCAGUGGAGAACCCCCAGCUACAGGAGCUCAUCAGCGAGAUCAAGCGGAGUAUCACGGAUGAAAUCCGGCAGGAGAUUAUGAGUGAUCUGCUGGCUGCUGUGUUACCGAGGAGUUCACCAGCAGCAACACAGGACCACACCUUGUGAGAAAGUUUAGGAAGUGUCCCUGUGGAUAAAACAAAUGCUCUGAACACUGGUGAAGGCCUGCACUGAGAGCCACCCCACUGCGUGUGUGCGUGGUUAUGCAUACAUGCGUGUGCACAUGACUGUGGGCAUGCACAAGAAUGUCUGAGGCCCACAGUUUUGGCGAGCAUCAUACACCAACCUGUUCAAUAAACUUAUACCACUGUACUCUGUCGUGUUACACUCUACCAUCCAGUUUCAAAAUGGGGAUGGCGGGAAGCAUGUUCCUGCUCUUGGACAGUCUCAUCCUUUGAAGUCUUUUUACUUCUCUGUUUUUGGUGGUGGAUGUUCUUGGGUUGUGUUUAAGGAAGUGAUACUGGUUGAGUGCAUGUUGUGGAGGCUUAAUGUGAAUGAGCUCCAGAAGACUUUGCCUGGUGGGUGAAAUGUGUAUAUGUGUGUGUGUAUGGAGGGCCUAACUACUGUAACUAAGCCUUGUAUGAUGCCUAGGAACGCAAUGCAUUUCACUUGGAACUUGAACCUACUCGUAACUACUGUUUUCAGGACAUUUGUAAGCAUAUUUUUGUUUUGGUUUGUCUCUUUUCUUUUUUUUUUGUCUUUUUUUUUGUCAAACAUAUUUAUUUAAAAUCAUAUUUUAAAAAUUCACAUUUCUAAGAGAAUUUUCAAAUGUAAAGCACAACUAAUGUCACUUAAAUGUAUAUAUUUUGAAUGAAUGUGGUUAGCAUGAAUGACAGUGGUUUAUACACUGGAGAAUGAAAUUGAGUGGAAUACACUACCCGAUGAAGUGUUGGAUAGUGGUCUUGAAUGCUGAUAAAACUAUCUCAAUCCUAUUAGUUAGUUUUACUGAUAUUUUUCUCUCAACAUUCCAUGCCUUUAUAAGCCCUUUAAAAUCCAGGAUUAACAGUGGGCUGGGUUCAGAUCUGAGCAGUUUGUCUUCAACUUGAAUUAACUGAGUGAACUUUUUCUACGAAGGGUCCUGCAUGCAUACUGCAUUACACAACACUUUUGUGUUACACUACAGUAUGUGAAUGCUAGCUGGCAUAGACUGUUAUAAAGUGAUGUCACUGUGGUAUUUGGUUAUGCUAUUGUCACUUUUGAGAGUGUGUACAGUACUAUGACCUGAUUCUGUAUCCUCUGAUCUGUACUCUAUAUCAGUUAGCAUCAGUCAAUGCUUGUUUUUCAUGUGAAGACAGGUUAUGUGGUUCUAUUGUAGGACCCUUCACAUAACAAAUAUUAGAGCUUCAGCAAUGAUUUCAGCAACAUGGUAGUCUGAAUUAAGCAGGAAAUGUUGUGUUGAUGUCAUGAAAAGUAACCCCUCAAAUUGUUAAUCAAAAUGAUCCUGAUUGCGUUUUGGUAUCUUUCAACUGUGCGUUUAAUAAUGAGCUGGUGUUAUUUUUAGCUGUGGGGCUAAAAACUGAGGCAUUUCAAUUGCCCUGCUAUUUUUAUGUUAGAAAAAGUCUUUUUCACGAAGAGUUUAAUCUACUUUGAAUUUGUUUGCUAUACUAAUUGAUGUAUAUCAAAUGUUGGAUACUUGUAAAUUGGCAGAAUUAUAAAGAAAAUCUGUUUAGCUUUGUGACCUGGGAUGCAUGGGGAAGUCUUCUAAAGCAAAACAUUAAUAAAAUAAAGAUUUAUUUAUUUUAAAUACA